UCUCUCUCUCUCUCUCUCUCUCACUCAGUGUAUGUGUCUCACUUUCUCUGGCUCUUGUCUGAACGCAUACGAGUCUGUUUGUCAGAAGAUGGAGAUGAUUGUUCAGCUGAUGGUUCUCGGUGUCCUGGUGUCUCCGCUUACACUCGCGCUCCCAGGUUUUCAGGUGCGUCUGGUGGGCGGGAGGAGUAAUCUGGAGGGUCGUGUGGAGGUCUUUCAUGACGGCGUGUGGGGAUCCGUGUGUGAUGAUGAGGUGAACAUUAAUGUUCCUCACGUCGUGUGUCGUGAGCUGGGUUUCUCUCGCGGGGUCACGUGGGCUCACAGCGCUGAGUUCGGUCAGGGUCACGGUCCCAUCUGGUUGGAUAAUGUCUUAUGUCUGGGCACCGAGAGCUCUUUGUCAGACUGUCGAUCGAACGGUUGGGGUGUGAGCGAUUGUACCCACGCAGAAGAUCUGGGUGUCAUUUGCAGUUCAGACCAACCCCAGCAGGGUGACAUCCCGCGGUAUCAUGAUUCAGCCCCACCUCAGACCUCAAACCCCAUCCCACCCGUCCAGCGGCCCGCCGCCUCUGCCCGCUCGCGAGGCCAUGAAAUCGCCCUCCGGCGCAGCAGUCAGGGCCCGUCCUCGCCCCAUAUACACGGCCAUCGCAUUCAACUGCGCAGGAACGGGCAGGAAAGCGCCGCCGUGACCCGCGGAUAUGAGAACUCUCUGCCCAGAGGACAUCAGCUGCCGGAUUUUCUGCACAACAGGGCGGCAUAUAGACGGACAACAGAAGUGAUCCCUCCACCGGCCGGUCAGAGUGCUCGACAUCACGAGACACCGGCACACCCAACUCAACCUCAGACUGUGGACAGUAACAGGAUGGAUGUGGACUUCAGUGACCUUGAUGAACAGACUGCUGCAGGGAUCAGACUGGAUGACGUGCGUCUACGAGCCGUUCUGUCCAGCGCUGAAGACUCUGAUAUGAUAACAGAGGGUGUGGUGGAAGUGAAGCAUGCUGGGAAAUGGAGACAGGUGUGCAGUUUGGGCUGGGAUCACAGCAGCAGUACGGUGGUUUGUGGAAUGCUGGGAUUUCCUUCAGCUGGACAUUUGGACACGCGUGUGUAUCGGAAACUGUGGGAAUCAAAGAGGGAGGACUCAGCCACACGGUCUGCGGUCGGUAAGAAGAGUUUUUGGGUGGAGAGGGUUCGGUGUUCAGGGACGGAGGUUUCGUUGGCACGGUGUCACGUUCGUCUCUCUGUCCCGCGCACUGACGUUCCCUGCAGCGGUGGCAUGCAUGCGGUGGUGCGCUGCAUACCCGGACCUCAGUUCUCCAGAUUCUCCGCCUCUGGCCAGCCACAAGCCCCGCCCACUCUGAAUGUGGCGGUGCGUCUGAAAGCGGGGGCUCGUGUGGGCGAGGGUCGGGUGGAGGUGCUCAGAGAGGGCAAAUGGGGUACGGUGUGUGAUCAUCUGUGGGAUGUGUCUGCAGCCAGUGUGGUGUGUAGAGAACUAGGCUUCGGCUCGGCCAGAGACGCUCUCAGAGGAGCACACACGGGUCAAGGUCACUCCUGCACACAUGGACAUCUUUUUGAACUCAAACCAGACAUCAAUUUCUUUGAAUCAUUCAGUUUAAUCUUUGACAUGCUGCAGAACACAAGGAACCCGCAUGAGAGUCUGACGUGUGUUCUGCGGCUGAUUCAGGAGACGUGGUUCUGGCCGAGCAGCUCUGGAUCUGAGGAAGUGAUUCUGAGCGGGACUCACUGUAUCGGGUCAGAGAUGUCCAUUCAGCAGUGCCGGCGAAACGCCCAGGUGUACUGUCCUCGAGGGGGCGGAGCCAGAGCGGCCGGGGUCACCUGUACAGAAGCCGCUCCAGAUCUGGUGGUAGAUGCUCAGCUGGUGCAGGAGAGCGCAUAUCUGGAGGACCGUCCACUCCACCUGCUCACCUGCGCACACGAGGAGAACUGUCUGUCAUCAUCUGCAGCGCGCAUGCACUGGCCGUACGGUCACCGGCGUCUGCUGCGAUUCUCCUCACGCAUCAUGAACCUCGGACGAGCUGACUUCAGACCGCGAGCCACCAAAGAAUCCUGGACCUGGCACCAGUGCCACAGACAUUAUCACAGUAUUGAGGUCUUUACACAUUAUGACCUUCUGACCCUGAAUGGCACAAAGGUUGCUGAGGGUCACAAGGCCAGUUUCUGUCUGGAGGACACAUACUGUCCCGAUGGUGUGCCGAAGCGUUUCUCGUGUUAUGACAUGGGUGAUCAGGGUAUUUCUGUGGGCUGCUGGGAUACAUACCGUCAUGACAUCGACUGUCAGUGGGUGGACAUCACAGAUGUGCGUCCGGGUGAUUAUAUCUUCCAGGUGGAGGUUAACCCCUCGCUGGACAUGGCCGAGUCAGACUUUCAGAAUAAUGUCAUGCGCUGUCGCUGCAGGUAUGACGGAGCACGCGUGUUUCUGUACGGCUGUCACGCAGGUGACGCGUACCGUGCAGAUGUAGAGGACCUGUUUGAGCACCAGAGUCAGAUCUCAAACAACUUCGUCUGAUGAUUGACAUCUCUGCUCGUCUCUCUCCCGUGUGUGAUGUCAUCUCUCUGGGGGCGGAGCGUGCGAUGGAGCGUGUGCUGAUGCGCGCACAGAUGAGGGUGGAGUCUGAUGAUUGAUGGGUAGGGGGUGGGGUUAAGGCCAGUACUUCAUCAUCAGGUGUCUUCGAGCUGCAGGGUGAGAGUUUAAAGGGCCGAAGACAGUUUUUUUCAUGAUCGUCAAGACACAUUUCUCAAUCUUUCCGUCUUCACACAGACAGUUGUGGGUACAGCAGAGCUGUAGGUUUCACAUUGAGAAAGCAGGUCUGCGCAGCGAUCGGCACACACGUGUCGUGUAUGAGCUGUUAUCUCACCAGAACCCACGGACUCUCUCACACACAAUUCUCUUAUUCAGUUUCUGUCAGGUUGUGAAGUUGAGAAGACUUCAUUUUAAAGAUGAUUCUCCGUUGAGCUGCUGUGUGAAGAGUUUGACAAACAUGAUCACAAUAUUGCGGAAUGUGUUCUGAUGAUUAUUAACAAAAACACUGUAAAUCAGCAUCAUGACAAACUCUGUGAAUCAUUUCAUCAUUUGUUACCUGUUUAACAGAAACACUAAACCCACGCUCUGUUGGAGUUGAAUUUCAUUUAGAAAUAUCACCCGUCUUUCUUGUGCUUAUAUCAGAUUCGUCUUCAGAUUUAGAGUUUGUUGUGAACUGGGCUUUUACAUCUUGUCUUUUACAUGAUGAUGUACACCAGUGAAGUUUUUUAUAUUUGUAUUUGACUUCAGAAGCGAGAAUGAGACAUUCAGCCUUUAACUCUCAUUCAUUUUUGCUGAUGUUUUCAUUUAUUAAUGUCAUGUUAUGUUUUAUCAUCCGCUGUGCCGUCAUAUUCAGAUUACGCAGAAGAAAAUCUGGUUUGUCUGUAAUGUGUGACAUUCAAACUGACCUCAAUAUCUUUAAUAUUUUAUCAAAUCAAAAUUCUAACUGUCUAUGAAUAGAUGGCGCUUUAAUACUUGAAAAAUAA